AUGACUGAAGCAUUUACAGAAAGUGGAGAAUUUGAUAAUGAGAUUACGUUGGUGUUUGAUAACAGCAACAAACUUUAUGUUUCGAAAAACUUUCUACGAUACGCUUCGCCUGUUUUCAAGGCAAUGUUUGAUCAUGACUGGCAGGAGAAAAAGGAAAACCUCGUUUCAUUGACAGGGAAAAAUUACGAUGAUUUUCUCGAAUUUCUGCUAUGCAUUCACCCGAGAAUUUCCAAACCGAUUACAGAAACAAAUGUCCUACAGGUCGUGAGCAUCGCUGACGAAUAUCAAGUGACGUCAGUCAUAAAGAAAUGCAAAGAAACUAUGAUGAGUUGGUCACAGGGCCUUUUCUUUUCUUUUGACCUCGCUAUGUAG